AUGGCGAGUACAUUGACAACCGUGCUUGUGUACAUUAAGGAUUUAUUAACCGGAGCUUCAAGAAAUAUCAAUACCCAUAAUCCUCAUUUUUUGGCCCGAAUUGGAUUAACGUUAUUGGAAACGAUUGGAUUUAGGAUGGAAGAGAACUAUUUUAUUGCACCCGAGAUUAAAUCUGGAUCGACUGAAGAGGAACGUUUAAAACAGAUUCAACAAGAGAUUGUGCUCGUCAUGGAUGCGCUUCGAUCCGAAUUGGGAGCCACUUCGAUUCCAGUGAAUAAAGCAGAGGCAGAGAUUAGAUUCAAGACGGCGGAUAUGGCCACGUUGUUAGGGAUCAUACCUACCUUGGAAAACCGAUACAAGAGUAGCGACGGGUAUCUUGUCGGAGCCUAUGAGAAAUUAGGUUUGACAUCAGGCGCUUCGGAUACGCUUGUGAAAUGGACUUAUCACAAGGUGAUGGAGGAGUACGCAGUAGACCCCUAUGACGCCUUGGAUGCCUUAAUGGUCAUAGCACAAGCGACCAAAUCAGACCUCUUACAGACAUUGAUUGCUUGUGAACGUAGCCAAGGAAAGAUUGCUAGAUCGGAUAUCGGGGAUGCUUAUGCCUACUUUGGUGUAACCGAUGAUGUCGCCGAUGACCGAUUAUUGAUUGGAUUAUAUCAAGUUAAAUUAUCGGAUGAACCUUUGGAGAAGAAUCUACAUCAGGAGAAAUUAAAGACUAUUGCCAUUGCUAGAGGGAGUUCCGAAUUGAUCAACUUUUUGAAGGAGGAAAGAGGUAUUACGUCUGCAACAAAUCUUCAAUCUGUGGAGGAUAUGAUGGGCGUGCCAGCUCAUAUGAUAAAUAAUGUUCGACAUUCACCCGUCGGCUUAAACAAUAUUGGCAAUACAUGUUACUUCAAUAGUGUUUUACAAUACUAUUUUACCAUUUUACCUUUUCGGAACGCCAUGAUUGAAAAUGAACUUUAUGUUGAAGAUGGUACAAGUGAACUUAAGAAAAUUGGUGGUAUUGAAGUGGACCGCUCUGAAGUUCGACGAGCCAAGAAAUUUGUUGAAUUGCUCAAGGAGUUGUUUAUAAAGUUACAAGAGACUCAUGAACGUGCUAUCUCGCCCGAAUAUGAAUUAGCUUACAUGGCCUUGUUAAACGAAAAAGAUGAGGAUAGUACUGAAGUGGAAGAAAAAAAAGACGAGGAUACAUUACCUGAUUUAAAAAAGGAAGAUGAACGUACGUCCUUCACCUUGGAGAUUCCACCUCCCAUCGAUUCACCGCCUAAAUAUAGUGACAUCGUGACUGAUAGUGAAGCGAUUCCUUCCCUGGACGAAAAAGUCUUGCCUGAGGCUGUUGAACCCGAAGUUUCUAAAGUAAAGGAAAGACCUAGUGCAGAUACCAUGAUUGACAUAUUUAUAGAAUGUAUGGGGAAUGUUAUGUACCUCGUGGAGGCUGCUUUAAAACCUUUAGAGACAACAGAAGACGGAGAACAAAUUGAUGAUAUGAUUCGACAGGUGUUUUAUGGAAAAGCUCGUCAGAUUUUAUCGUACUGUGAUAAUAAAACAUUGGAAAACGUCAAGAAGGAAAUGGAAGAAGAUUUUUCUCAUGUGAUUGUGGAUGCAUCAGAGGGCAAAGAUUUGUAUGAUGGAUUGGAUGAAUACUUUUUUGCAGAUAAAGUGGAGGAGUUCCAAGGCGGAUAUGAAGCUACACGUGAAGUAACUGUCAAGUCCUUUCCACCUGUACUUCAGAUUUUGGUGCAGCGUGUACAAUUUGACCGUGCCACAGCCAAUGUGUAUAAAUCAAACGCGUUUAUUCAAUUUGAUAAAGUGAUUUAUCUGGAUCGUUAUCUGGACGCUAAUUUUGAAGCCUUGAGAGAAAGAAGGUCUGAAGUAGCCAUUUGGCGAUCUGAACUUGAAAAGAAUAAGAAGCAAGUUUCCAAGUUCACAAAGUCCAAGAAACUUGGUAUCCCUGUUCCCGAUUUACUGGAUGAAACACGUAAAAUGUUAAACGAGUUCAAGUUGGAUGCACUCUCAGAGGAAGAACAAAGUCAGUUUGAUAAGAGUAUAAGGUUAUUAGAAAAAGAAGCGGAGGAGAAACGACAAUUGAUACAGGCUGGGACAGAAGCAAUUGAACAAUUCAGGACGAGUAUUCGACAUCAAUACGAUGAUUAUAAACAACUGGCCUAUAAACUUCAUGCAGUUUUUAUGCAUCAGGGUCAAGCAAAUUAUGGUCAUUAUUGGAUUUAUAUUCUGGAUCAUGAUGAAAACCAAUGGUGGAAAUACAAUGAUUCUAUGGUCUCCAAAGUCAAUGAAUCGGAAAUCUAUCAUAAUACCACCGGUGCUACUGCUAACCCUUAUUUUUUGGUUUAUGUCGAUGCAAACAAGGUCAAUGAAUUCGUUGAAACCAUAGUGAAAAAUACACCAACCGCAUAA